GGCAGACAUCCAGACAGCUGCAGAGGAAAGCAAGCAAAGCACCUUCUCGACAUGACGACCUCCUGCUGCAUCGCCAACAGCUCGUCGGCCUCUGCCAAGAGCUGCCCCCGGCCUUCCUCCGUCUGCUUCAGCAACGUGAGCCGCCGGCCUGAGCUGUGCCUGGGCUACGUGUGCCAGCCCACGACAUCCAUGUCUUCCAUCUGCUUGCCCACCACCUACCAGCCAGCCAGCUGCUUCUCCAAGACCCGCCUGCCCAGCUCCUGCAGGCUCAGCAGCCACCGAGCGGCCAGCUGCGUCUCCAGCCCCGUGGGCGUCUAUGGCUGCUACUUCGAGGGCUCCUUCAAUGGCAGUGAGAGGGAGACCAUGCAGCUCCUGAACGACCGCCUGGCCAGCUACCUGGAGAAGGUGCGGCAGCUGGAGCGCGAGAACGCGGAGCUGGAGGGCAGGAUCCAGGAGGCCUUGCAGACCCAGGUGGUCACCGCGGGGCCCAACUACCAGUCUUUGUUCAGGGUCAUCGAGGAGUUCCAGCAGAAGAUUCUGUUCACCAAGGCCGGGAACGCCAGGGUGAUGGUGCAGAUCGACAACGCCAAGCUGGCUGCCGACGACUUCCGGACCAAGUAUGAGUCGGAGCUGUCCCUGCGGCAGCUGGUGGAGGCCGACAUCAACAGCCUGCGCAGGGUCCUGGACGAUCUGACCCUGUGCAAGUCGGACCUGGAGGCGCAGGUGGAGUCCCUGAAGGAGGAGCUGAUUUGCCUCAAGAAGAACCAUGAGGAGGAAGUCAACACCCUCCGAUGCCAACUCGGGGACCGCCUUAACAUCGAGGUGGACGCCGCGCCCCCUGUGGACCUGACCAAGAUACUGGAGGAGAUGCGGUGUCAGUACGAGACGGUGGUGCAGAGCAACCUCAGGGACGUGGAGGAAUGGUUCAACACGCAGAUGGAGGAGCUUAACCAGCAGGUGACCACAAGCUCCGGGCAGCUUCAGAGCUACCAGUCGGACAUCAUUGACCUGCGCCGCACGGUCAACGCGCUGGAGAUCGAGCUGCAGGCCCAGCACAGCCUGAGAGACUCCCUGGAAAACACGCUGACAGAGACGGAGGCCCGCUACGGCUCCCAGCUGGCCCAGAUGCAGGGGCUCAUCAACAACGUGGAGUCGCAGCUGGGUGAGAUCCGGGCGGACCUGGAGCGGCAGAACCAGGAGUACCAUGUGCUGCUGGAUGUCAAGGCCCGGCUGGAGGCGGAGAUCAACACGUACCGGACCCUGCUGGAGAGCGAGGACUGCAGGACGCCCUGUAAUCCAUGCGCAGCUUCCUCCGUGCCCCCUUGUGUGCCCUCUCCCUCGGUGCCCCGCACCAUCUACGUGCCUUGCACGCCCUGUCCCCAGGGCUGCCACUGAAGUCCCUCUGCGCUGCGGAUCCUGCCUGCUGCUGCUGCCUCCUUAGACCGAGCCUGGCCCCAUCUUGGUGCUCGCUUGAAGAGCAGGGCCAGCCUGGCCAGCAAGGAAGACCUUGAGCCGGACCAGCAGGUGGACCAUCUGCAGCAUCUUCUCCUCCUACAGGGGGCGCCCUCACCUCCCUUGCUUCAAAACCUCCUCUUCUCUUUCCAUGGGUGCUCUUUUCUUGCUGUCUGUGUUCCUUGAAAUAACAUGCUUUCUUAGAUAACUGGCAAAUAAAGCUUCUUUCUUGCAAACGCA